AUGACGUUUACCACGACAAAUGAGGCCAAGCCUAUCUAUCGCGAUGGCUCAAAGUCGAUUGAUGAAAGGAUCGCUGAUCUACUUGGUCGCAUGACUCUCGCUGAAAAGGCUGGGCAGCUUUUUCAUAGCAUGCUUCUUCCCGGGCAGGAUGGCUCGCUUGCUCCAGCAGAGCCCAACUUUGGCAUUGAAGAUACCAAAUUUCUUAUUUCCGAAAAGUACAUGAGCCAUUUCAAUCUUCUUGGUCCGGUACAAGACCCGUCAACGGUGGCCAGAUGGCAGAAUGCCCUCCAAGAACAUGCGUUAACUCAAACUCGCUUGGGAAUACCGAUCACUAUCUCUUCCGAUCCCCGGAAUCAUUUCAACGAGAACGUGGGAACUGCGUUCUCCGCUGGUUCGCUGAGUUUAUGGCCUGAAACGUUAGGCUUUGCGGCAUUACGAGAUACAUGCCUUGUUGAACGUUUCGCCGAUAUCGCAAGGCAGGAAUACAUCGCAAUGGGCUUGCGGGUUUCUCUCCACCCCCAAGUUGACCUGGCAACGGAAUACCGCUGGGCCCGAAUCAAUACCACUUUCGGUGAGGAUGCCGAUCUAUCUGGAGAGCUUGUCCAAGCCUACAUCCGCGGCUUUCAGGGAGGUAAAGGUGUGUCCUCUACCAGCGUUUCGACCAUGACAAAGCACUUCCCGGGCGGAGGACCGCAGAUGAAUGGGGAGGACCCUCAUUUCACCUAUGGACGCGAGCAAAUUUAUCCAGGAAACAAUAUCGAAUAUCACCUUAAGCCCUUCAAGAAGGCAAUUGAGGCCGGUACUCGUCAUAUAAUGCCAUACUAUGGAAUGCCAGUCGGUACUGAAUUGGAGGAAGUUGGCUUCGCGUUCAACAAAGCCGUUAUGACGGGACUUCUGCGUGACAAGCUAGGUUUUGGUGGUAUAAUUUGCACCGACUGGGGCCUUCUCACAGAUGCUGUGAUUUUGGGACAGGAAAUGCCAGCACGGGCCUGGGGAUGUGAGAAUCUUACUGAACUAGAGAGAGCGAAGAAGAUCCUCGAUGCCGGUUGUGAUCAAUUCGGAGGUGAAACACGAACCGAUUUGAUUAUUCAAUUGGUCGAAGAGGGCCUAAUUCCUGAAUCUCGAAUUGAUAUAUCCGUGGACCGCAUCCUGCGAGAGAAAUUUGCCCUUGGUCUUUUUGAUAACCCAUUCGUUGAUGCAGAAGCUGCGGCAAAGAUCGUUGGGCAGCCUCAAUGGAAAGAAGAGGGUGAAGCAGCGCAGAGAAGGGCGUUUACUCUGUUGAAGAAUGUCGAUGGUAUUCUUCCACUCCGAAAGCAAGACUAUCAAGGCAAGAAGAUUUAUAUCGAAGGUGUCAGCCAGUCAGCUGCGAGGGCAAGGGGCUUCUCAUUAAGCUCCAUCGAUGAAGCAGACAUCGCCAUCAUGCGACUUCAGUGCCCAUUCGAACAUCGCCCUGGUGGUUUUGAGUCUCAUUUCCACGCCGGAUCCUUGGAGUUUUCUGAAACUGAGAAGGCUCGCCAAGCGAACGUCUUCUCUAAGGUUUCUAUUAGCAUUGUGGAUAUUUACCUCGACCGCCCACCAGUCAUUCCAGAGAUUGUUAACCAAGCCACCGCUUUGACGGUGAGCUAUGGUAGCAGCGAUAAUGCUUUCCUCGAUGUCAUUCUGGGAUCCAACGGGGCGAGACCAGAGGGAAAGCUUCCUUUCGACCUCCCUAGCAGUAUGGAAGCAGUUGAAAAGAGCAAGGAAGACCUACCCUAUGACACAGAAUUUCCACUCUUCAAAUUCGGACAGGGCCUAGAAUAUUCUUGA